AGGGCCCACGCAGAUACGUGUGUUGGAGUAAAUGCCUGCUCGUUCGAUCGCUCUUGACUCGUUAUUCUUGCCGGAUAUAGCGUACUAGGAGAUUAUCGCUGCAUUAUACGUUGUUUCUACAAAUAUCAUAAGCAUGUCAGGGGCGUCGAGGGAACCGGACAUGGAGCUGAAGAAGGCAUUCAUGGAACUGCAGCAGAAGAUGCAGAACACCAACCAGUCCAUCCGCCUGUCAGACAUGCAGAUCGAGACUCUGAAGAGGCAGAUCAUGCAUGCUCAGCUGACAGAUAAGGAAAUUCAGGCUGUUCCAGAUGAGACGCGAGUGUACGACGGUAUUGGGCGAAUGUUCAUCAGGAAUGACGUCCAGAGUGUGCGGAAAAACCUCGAGAAAAAGCAAGUGUCGCACAAGGAGAAAAUUGCCAAGCUGGAGAGCAAUAAACAGUACCUGGAGAAGAGCCUCAAGGAGUCCGAAAACAACCUGCGGGAAUUGAUAAAGACGAAGCAAAAGAUCAGCGUCAGCUAGGUGUGGUCAAUCGUAGGUACUUGUUGUUCCAGUGAGCGGAAAUCGACGGUGUUUGGCCAGCACACGUUACUACCUUUCAGCGGCGUAGCUUUCGCCUUGGCCCCUCACGAAUGUUGCGUCACAUUAGUGCGCGCGUUAGUGUCGUCUUCGGUCAAAAUCCAUCGAUGAGUAGCUCGCGCCAGCUAAAUCUCACGAGCCAUAGCUCCUUCCGCGCCUUUUUUCCGUUGGAAAAGUCGUUUUCUUUUGUUUAAGCCUUUCCAAACGCGUAAUCCAAACGCCUCGUGGUCCUUUUGGCACGGCGUUUCACCACACUAGUAAGUAGCCCAUACUGCAACCCGUGGCUAAUGGGAGGUGGAUGGCUGAGUCGAGAAGACUACCAGCACGUGUUUCUGUUCGAUGUGUCCGCCCCGGGGGGCACGGCAUGCGUCCUGAGAUCAGAAUGCCAACUAAAAAUGUUAUAACCCCACUGAUCUUGCUGCCGUUUUUGGAUCAGCUAACAGUGCGUUUCCGUCGCGUUUGCCAUACACUUUAUUCUCACUUUGACCCAUAUUACUGUGGAACGGAUUAAUGCAGGUCGGCAUGAGGACGCAACAGAUGUCUCGAUAUCGUUUCGCAUGUCGUUGCAAGUCUGUUGCACCAGCCAGAAGGCGGUUAGCUCGGGUCGCAGCGGUGCCAGGACUCCGAGGCGCUGUCACGUGUCAGUCUACGCCCCGCUCUGGCGGAACCUGGAUGUGGCAGCAGCAGUCAAAAGCUGCGUUUAGAUCCAAAGCCCCUAAUGCUGGCCUUUUUUGUCGCUGGGUCUGCUGAGUUCUCUGUGCUGAUGUUGAUCACUAAUAAGCCGAGAUAUCGUUUUCUCAAUAAAACCACCAGAUGUCGGA